AUGGAGACCAAGUGGUUCAAAGGCAACAAGCUCGAUAUCCGGUGUCCUGACUAUGUCGAGUACUCGCAGCACAGACACGAGCCGUACUCCGAAGGACCCCUAAAAUUGGCAUAUAUGCGACCGGCCAAAGAUUGCCGCACCUUCACCAGCAGCGCCGUCGAGAGCGUCAUCGAGGACAUGCGGCUGCGCAUGGCCGAUCCCGACCUGUUCCGCUUGUUUGAAAACGCCUUCCCCAACACCUUGGACACCACAGUUCUGUGGCACGAUCCAGAUAAUGCAGAAACUAACAGCCCCCGCACUUUUAUUUCGACAGGCGACAUCCACGCAGAAUGGCUGCGUGACUCGGCGCGCCAGCUUAGUGUGUACCAGCCACUCGUCAAGAAAGACGCCAAGCUGCAGCAAUUAAUCAAGGGAGCCAUUAUCCAGCAGGCCCUGUACAUCAAGAAGGCGCCCUAUUGCAACGCGUUCCAGCCGCCAGAAGGCUCUGGAGUGGUCCGCAAGCCGUCGAGCGUCGACCAUGUUGGACCUCGUCCGCCUUGGAAACACGUUUUCGAGUGCAAAUGGGAGCUGGACUCGCUUGCUUCGUUUCUCACCCUGACCAACGAGUACUACAAAAACUCGCGCGACAACUCAAUUUUCCGCCACCAGAGCUGGAAAGACGCAUUUGAGCUGGUUCUGACUGUGCUGCGCCGCGAGUCUAUCCCCACGUUCGACGAGAAUGGCGACCUGCUGCCGUUCUACUACGUUUUCCAGCGAGAAACGACAAUAGGAACGGAAACACUGAGUCUUGCGGGCUCAGGCAACCCCGUUUGCGGCAACACGGGGCUUAUACGGUCGGCGUUCAGACCGUCGGACGACGCGUGUAUUUAUCAACUCUUCAUCCCGGCCAAUGCGCAAUUGCAGGUUGAGCUGGCUACGUUGGAGCCCGCUCUGCGCGAGAACGGACUUAGAGAUUUUGCCGACUCAGUGCGGGACUACGCUGCGGCCAUUCGCAAGGGCAUCGAGGAGUUUGGCGUUGUGAACCAUAGAAAGUAUGGCACCGUGUUCGCGUACGAAGUUGACGGCUUUGGCGGGGUAAACAUCAUGGACGACGCUAACAUUCCGUCGCUUCUGGCCCUGCCAGAUAUGGGAUAUCUAGACAAAAGCGACGAAAUCUACCAGAAUACCAGAAAGAUGAUUCUUUCCAAAGACGGCAACCCGUACUAUUUCCAAGGAAAAUAUUUCAGGGGCAUUGGUGGCCCGCAUGUGGGGCUUUCCAAUGCGUGGCCAAUGUCAUUGCUGCUUCAAAUCCGCACAACAGACGACGAAGACGAAAUCAUGGAGCUUCUGGAACUCGUCAAGACUACCACAGCGGGUCUGGGCCUGAUGCACGAGAGCAUCCACGUUAACGCCCCAAACCACCAGUAUACAAGGCCGUGGUUUAGCUGGUGCAACAGCGAAUUUGCAAAGACAAUCCUCGACCUGGCAAAAAGAAAACCUAAUCUUAUUUUCAAGCACGAGUAUUCCGAGCCGUAUAUAGUGUAA